AUGUCUGUGGUGGAGAAGUCCAUCCGUGAGAUGCAAAUCGAAGAAGCAGCCCUUCGCUCAAGGCUUCUCGAAUGCCGCAGAGGAUGCAACCAGACACCAGCAGAGCAUGGGACAGAAGGCCCUCGAGGCCCGUCGACAUCAACUCGUCAGUUCCAAAGAUCGGCAGAAGCUGCAGACGUCCUACAAGGUGGCGAUGAUUCUGCACUAUCUAGAGACAGGCGACGCGUAGACACACGGAGCAGCAACCGUCUGGCCUCUGCACGGAUACUUAUGCCGCCAGCCGACUCCGGCAGUGGCGGCUCCGGGCUGCCUCUAGGUUUGGAGGAGAGGCUGGAGCUGGUGCGUGCGCAGAAACGCAGCACGCAAACCCGCCUGCAUAAACUUCGGCAUCACUGGUCGACCGAAGCCGCAUAUAUCAAGUACAGGACGUUAUCGUCAAAACGGCAUCGGGCUAAAACCGGUAAGGCCGCGGAGUUUCCAUCUCCAGAAACUCUGGAAAAGUACAAGAAAUCGUAUUGGUCUCAAGUAGAUGCGAAGCGACAGGACAUGCUUGUGUCUGAGCAGUCCAUCCUUGACAUGGAAAUCGAAGAAGCUCAACUUCGCGCGAUGCUUCUCGAAUGCCGCAGCAAAGCCAGUGAAGCACCAACUGAACCAAGCACGGAAGGUCACGCAGGAGCGUCGACAUCGACUAGUCAGUCCCAAGGGAUACAGACGUCGGGAUUGCAAGACCCCGAGGACGUAUCGGCGACAGCCGAAUCACCAGAUGUGCCGCGGGAGGACUCACCGCGCCCAGGCUGCUCCUGGUGGAGUACCAGCUCUCCCCCUUCAUCACUGCGGUCGACGACGAAAGGUGCCGUGCCCAGCCCUUCUGCUGAGGAUCGCAUGACGAUAUUACAGAGAGACCUCAACCUGCUUCGCGCAAGGAGGUCGAACGUCGCUGAGUUGCGUCGCAGCAUCAUGAGGAAGUGGAAGGAUGAAGGCGCGUUUGCGAACACAUAUCUUCAGAGACUGAAUAACCGUCUGAAGGCGAAAAAAAUGGCUGCAAUCGUGUUGUCGCCUGAGCUUCACCAGCAACUCUCUCAGCAAUACCAUGAUCGCUGCUCACAACGAUUAGCGCGUAUAGAGGAUCUCAGCAAGGAGAUAAGGAUGCUUGAGGAAACGGAACAGAGACUAGCCGCUCAACUGCAGCAUGCUCGACAGUCGAGUGAUUUGGCCGCAGAGACGCAAACGCAAGCGUCCGCCGUUUCCAGCUCCACGGAACCAGCAGAGGCGUCGGAUGUGUCUGGGCGAAGCUCUCCGCGAGGCACUACCCAGGUGCCUAGAGAUCUGGUGGAACGACAAUCUGAGCCUGCCUUGGAAAAGCCCUUGGACGAGGCUGUUGCGUCACCGUUCGUUGCUCAGACUCCUUCCCGAUCACCAACGCCAGUGACGACCACAGAAGGGGCUUCGCGAGAGUCAGCUGCCUUGGCCUCCACCACGCAUUCUAUGGCCAGCGGGGAUCUCACAACAUCAUCGGACUGGUUGACGCACGCUGAGAGAACAUCGGAGUCUGCUUCACCGCUGAUUUUGCAUCACCAGACGGCCCCUCUGUUUGCCGCAGGUGCCCCACAGGCGGUCGUGUAUGGGGGCCCCUGCACCAGCGGCGAUAGCGGUGGACCCCCAUAUUCUCUAUCCCAAAUCUUCGAACACGCCGGCGCUGCGCAUACUACUGGGGACCCGCGCACAGAGAGUAAUAUUCCUGAGGACAUCCUGGAGUUCGUUCUGUCCCAUUCCGCACCAGCAGCGACUGCAUAUGGGGACUGCGCUGCGCUCCUCGCAGAAUCGACACCCUCGAUCAUUCAGCCAUGGAGUCCAGAAUAUUCGCCACCACCGAUCGUCUCCGCGAGCGAGCACGCGGCAACGAGUUCGUCGUGGCCCCACCCGACUACGAGUGCCUCGGACGAAGGCGCAACACCCUGCGCAGUCCCAGCUAGUAGCAGCGCGUUUUCGGGGCCAUGGUGGAGCUCGCCUCAACCACAGCGCUCCUGGCAUUUUCCCGGUGCCCUUGGACAUUAUGCACCUGUUUUUGGCGAGCCGCUACCGCCUGAACCUCGACAGCCACUGCUUCAGUCCCCUGCCCGGGCGCCUCCCGCCGACGUCAUCCCGCCACAUGCAGCCCAGCCGUCCACGGCGUUCGUGGAUGUCCCUUCGAUGUUUCAACAAAGCCAAUUGCGGUCGCCUCAACUCCUGUCGAUGCGCGUCCGGCCCCCGGAUUCGACCUCUACCACACCGCCCUCCCUCACGUCACCCAGCCGAAGAAUUACGGGUGAGCAAGUGAAGCAGUGCUGCCAACUCGCGAGGGUGUGGAAUGUGACACCUCUGUUCACCUAUUUCUACACAACAUCUGUUUUAGAAAAGCGACGCGAACCCUACUGCGCCCCCAUCCAGCAACGUUUGCGUCUGGCUGCUUUGUGA